CUCAGACAAUGAUGGGUGCCGCUCGAGCGGGUCUGAGAGCGCCAGUACUGCUGCUGCUCGUCGCUACCCUGGCUUGUCUUGUAGCCCACACCCACGCUGUCGACUGUCGGAAGUUCGUGUUCGCGCCAGUAUGCAGAGGAAUCAUCGCUAAGAGGAUGGUAGCUGAAAAACGGUCGCCGUUCAGGCCAGCAGGAGACACACAGUGGAAGGAGCACUACCACGCCCCGACGGAGACUGACACAGACGGCCUCCUGCUGGCCUCCUACGAUGAUGUCGUCGACCCACGUCCCCAGGAUGACAUGGUGGUGGUGCGGGCAGGGGGAGACGAGGUGCAGGUGCCCGCUUAUGUCUACCAGGUCAUCGAGAGGAGUCUUCAGGGAGAGAAGAAAUAGAGGUGGUUUUAGUGCACGAGCGGCGGGAACGAGGCCGGCGCUGGGCGUCCUCGCUAAAUAUCUCUCUUCUACCAGUAAUUUAAUCGUUUGCCAUCUGACCGUUCAUCUUCCUCUGCACCAGGAGCCGCCAAGCUGAGAGGUGUCCACUGCCAAUCGCGGCAGCCAUGACACCUGUCUCUAGCUCAUACAUGAAAUAAUAUAUGUUCGUGGCUUGAUAUUAACUGAUUCUAGUGAAUGUUUGUUGAAAUAAUAUGAUUAAUAAAAAUAUCUGUUAAAACUA